GGGAUAGAUGAAUGGUUGAGAAAAUGUCAAAGGCAUGUAUAAAAGAGGUUUGGGGAUCAGGAACCAAAGCCAUUGGAUCAUGGUAGAGGUGGGAACGACAGAGAAGACAUCUAUAGCUUCUUGUUUGUUGCAGACUUAUAUAUAAAUUAGGACGAAAUAUCAGAUCUGAGAUAUCAAAAGGGGGGAUUAUUAUAGCUAAGAUAUCGAUCAGAGUUAAGAGAGAGAUGGACUACUACGUAAUAUUUAUGGUUUGUUUGUGCGUGUCCGCGGGGGCAAUUUCGGGGGUCCGAGCUGAAGAUCCUUACCUAUUUUUCACAUGGAAUGUUACGUACGGCACCAUUUCUCCGACGGGAGUACCUCAGCAGGGCAUUCUAAUCAAUGGCGAGUUUCCGGGACCCAAUAUCAACUCCACCACUAACAACAACAUUGUUGUCAAUAUCUUCAACAAUCUCGACGAGCCAUUCCUAAUCACAUGGACGGGCGUCCAGCACAGAAAGAAUAGCUGGCAAGAUGGAGUGCUGGGAACCAACUGCCCAAUCCCCCCAGGCCAGAACUUCACGUACCGUUUCCAAGUGAAGGACCAGAUCGGGAGUUACAUCUACUAUCCCACCACCGCCAUGCACAGAGCAGCCGGCGGCUUCGGCGGUCUGCGCGUGAACAGCCGCUUGCUCAUCCCCGUCCCCUACGCGGAUCCCGAGGACGACUACACCGUCCUCAUCGGCGACUGGUACAGCAAGAGCCACUCUACCCUCCGGAAAUUCUUGGACAGCGGCCGCUCCCUCGCCAGGCCGGACGGAGUCCUGAUCAACGGGAAAUUCGCCAAGGGGGACGGCAAGGACGAGCCCCUCUUCACCAUGAAACCUGGCAAGACCUACAAAUACAGGGUGUGCAAUGUGGGGAUCAAGACCUCCCUCAACUUCAGGAUCCAAGGCCACAUCAUGAAGCUAGUGGAGAUGGAGGGCUCCCACACGGUUCAGAACACGUACGAUUCCCUGGACGUCCACGUCGGGCAAUGCUUUUCGGUGCUGGUAACCGCCGACAAAGAGCCCAAGGACUACUACAUGGUGGCGUCUACCAGAUUCACCAAGACCGUCAUCACCUCCAAGGGGAUUAUCCGCUACACCAACGGCAAGGGCCCCGCGUCCCCGGACAUCCCUGAGUCCCCGGUGGGCUGGGCUUGGUCUUUGAACCAGUUCCGGACCUUCCGGUGGAACCUCACGGCCAGCGCUGCCAGGCCCAACCCUCAGGGGUCAUACCACUACGGCUCCAUCAACAUCACCCGCACCAUCAAGCUGGUGAACUCCGCGGGCAGGGUGGACGGCAAGCUCCGCUACGCCAUCAACGGGGUGUCCCACACCGACCCUGCCACCCCAAUGAAGCUCGCCGAGUACUACGGGGUCGCCGACAAAAUCUUCAAGUACGACACCAUCCCCGACCGACCCGCCGACAAUGUGGAGGAGCAGAAGAUCGUCAUGCAACCCAAUGUUGUUAACCAGACCUUCCGCGACUUUGUGGAGAUCGUGUUUGAGAACCACGAGAAGAGCCUGCAGUCGUGGCAUUUGGAUGGAUACUCCUUCUUUGCGGUUGCCAUUGAGCCUGGUCGAUGGACCCCUGAACGCAGAAAGAGCUACAAUCUGCUGGACGCCGUAAGCAGGCACACAAUUCAGGUGUUCCCGAAAUCGUGGGCAGCGAUUCUAUUGACAUUUGACAAUGCAGGAAUGUGGAACAUAAGAUCGGAGUCGACGGAAAGGCGCUACCUGGGACAGCAAAUGUACAUUAGCGUUCUGUCUCCAGCACGUUCUCUCAGGGACGAGUACAACAUCCCGGAUAACACCCUCCUCUGCGGCAUCGUUAAAGACCUGCCAAAGCCUCCUCCCUAUACCAUCUAAUAAACUUGCUAGCUAUCAUCCACUAUCUAUAAUAUAAAAUGCAUAUAAUAUGAUAUGCCAGUGGCACUGUGGCACUCAUCAUUCUUUCUUCAUUUGUUUUUUAAGAAGCCUAGCUGCGUUGUUACGUGUUAAGACAGUACAGGGACACACAUUUUAAACACACUCUUCUUAUUGCCAUUGUUUUCUUUGGGUUUUUUUCCC